ACAUGAGGUUCCGAGACACCUGUCAGCAGGACUACACAUCCAGAAAGCCGUGUGUGAUGCAACUGGAGGCUGCGUGUUUCACCAUGGACGCAACGCUGUCCUUAUUAUUAUUAUUAUAGGAGCGUAAAGUUAUUCUGCUGCGCUUUUUCUUUGUGUUAUCCUUCGUUUUUUUUGGAUUUUUUUUAUUUGUAUUAUUCCCUCUCAAGCCGCAUGAGUUCCAUGUUUCUAGGGCAGCUGGUCGGGGUUCCGUUAGAGAUAAUGCACCCCACCAUGGAGAAGGACACCACUUACACCAAGAUCUUCGUCGGCGGGCUGCCGUAUCACACCAACGACGCCUCACUUCGGAAAUAUUUCGAGACUUUCGGUGACAUCGACGAGGCGGUGGUUAUCACAGACAAACAGACGGGCAAGUCCAGAGGAUACGGCUUUGUGACCAUGGUGGACAGGGGAGCAGCGGAGCGGGCGUGCAAAGACGCCAACCCCAUCAUCGACGGCAGGAAGGCCAACGUGAACCUGGCUUACCUUGGAGCGAAGCCUCGCAGCGCGCAAUCAAGUCUCUCCGUUGGAGUUCAGCAAGUCCAUCCUACGUGGGCUCAAAGGCAAUAUGGGCUCGCCCAGCAGUACGUCUACCCGCAGGCCUUCCUCCAACCCAGCCUGGUGCUGCAGUCCCAGCUCAACCCCUCAGCAGCCACCCUCGCCUCCCCUUACCUGGACUACAGCUCCGCCUACAGCCACUACGCCCCCACAGGACUGGAGCAGUACCCUUACACCCCGUCCCCGUCGCCCUCCGCCGGCUACCUCAGCUACAGCUUCUCCCCAGGCACGCCGGCGCCGGCUCUCACGGCGUCCCCGACCCCUCCGGCCGCCAUCCAUCCUCCUCUGGCUGCACUCACCGCCAUGUCUGCUGCCCCGCAGGCCUUCCUCCACUACCCUCUGCACCAGCCCGACCGCAUGCAGUGAGCGGCUCCGGGUGGAGCUGCAGCUGCCGAACUGAUGAUUCAAAGCAGCGUGACUGUUGACCUGUGACGUCAUCAGGACUGGUUAACCAGGGAGAGAGUGUGAUGUAAUCAAAAGGGCUUUUAGAAAGCACUCUCAUUCCUGUUUUUAUAUAUAUAUAUAUAUAUAUAUAUAUAUAUAUAUAUAUAUAUAUAUAUAUAUAUAUAUUAUAGUUGUUGUAAUAGGUGAUGAAAAUGUUCUACUGCUACAGUCAUCAGCACUCGAUCUGAAUGUUUUUCAUACGUGGCAGACGACUGGUAAUCUUCUGGACGUUUCUGUUUCACCACUGACCCCCGAGGUCGGAGGAAGGCCGACUGCUGGAGAGCACACAGGUUAAGACAACGAGAAAAUAUGUCAUGUUCGACAUGAUGCUGUGGCUGCAGUUUCUCUAAAGGUACUGAGCUGAAUGCUGGAUAUUAUCCAAGCUGAGAGCCAGUUCCUCUUUCAUAAAACAAAAGGCCCAAUUACCUCCUCGUCAAGGUUACCUUUCUGUCUAUGGCCUUAGAGAUCUUUUCUCUCUCUCUCUCUCUCUCUCUCUCUCUCUCUCUCUCUCUCUCUCUCUCUCUCUCUCUCUCUGUACCUGGUUCAGUUUGUGUUUGUCAUUUUUAUUAGUCUCUCAUCUCAAAUGAACAAAAUGUUUAUUGUGCUCCUUUUUUGUUCCUUUUUUAUCUACCGCUGGCAAGUCAUUACACAGUGAUAAUCACAGUUUAACAGAAUAUGCAAUUAUGAUGAUAAAGGGUGAGCAUGAACAAGGUAGACAGCACUGGUAUUUUGUUUUUGUAUUGCUGCUGCUGCUAGAGCAUUACUGAGAAGAAGACUUUGUUAACACUUAAAACACAAUAGUUAUUACAUUAAAUACCUGCAGCGGCUUAUUAGGCAAUUUUUAGACCUGUAACUUUUGGAGCAAGAGUGUCUGGAUGUUUUGGUUUUAUGAUACUUAAAUUACAAAAUUGUCAAUACAUAUCAUGUAAAUGUGUUUGGAUGUAGGUGAUGUUUUACUGGAUAUGUGUGAGUGUAUUUGGUGCCUGUUUGUUUGUUCGUGUGUGAGUUGAGUGAGAGAGAAAUAGAGCGAUGCAGUAUACGCCAGUGUCAGGACCGAGCUCCUUAUUCCAGCCCAUUGUACUGGUCAGAGUUGUUUCUUUGUUUUGUCUUUUUUGUUUUUUUUCAGCUGCAGAAUACAGAAAGACGCUUCAGCGACGAUACCGGAGUCUCACGGUGCUGUGGCUGCCUCCUUAGUAAAGUCAUAAACCAAGCCAUACGUCACGUCUAAAACAAAUAUGCAAAAUAAAAAUGAAUAUUUCUAAAAAAAAAGAUGUUUUCGGAGUGUUGAAGAAUUACUGUGAUUGUGGGUAAACAGCUGCUGCCGGAACCUGGAGAGUCGCACAUGAGUCAUAUCAAACCUUUCCUUGUGUCAUUGAGAUAAUUCACACUCAAAGAUUAUGGUAAGCAGACCUGCUUCCAGUCUUUUUGCUAAGCUAACCAACUAUUACUGUUAUCAAUCUUCUCAUCUAACUCUCAGCAAGAAGGCAAAUAUGUGUAGUUUCUUUAAUGUUAAAUUAUUCUUUU